AUGGGAAACGCCCAGUCCACUGAGACAGCCCGGAGGUAUUCCCAGAAGCUGUCCAAGCCAAAAACCAACAAUCAUGCCACAGCCGGUCUGUUGAGCCCCAGCGGCUCCUCAAAUAACCCCAAGAGAUACUCCAACCGCCCACUGCCAGAUCCUCCAUUGUCUUCUCCCUCGCCGGUUUCUACCCCAACCUCAUCGGUUUUUGACCAGGCCGACACUGCCCAGACACGCAACGGCCGCAGUGCCUCGUUCACAUCAGUCCCAGCUCUGCAACAGGAAUCCAAACGAAGAAGCCUGUUCCGCGUGAGGUCAACCCAAGUUGUGCCUGACGCUGACCAUCGGGAUAGUAUUGGGUCGGGAUCGAGGAUGGUGGAUCUGAUGAACAGGGCCAACUCGUUGACGUAUGAGUCGGCAGUCGCAUACUAUGGGCCGCCUGAGCCUGAGGAGUACGUUCUGUGUCUGUGGCGAUUGCUGGGUCUUGAAAGUCUUGCUAACAUCUGUCUGCACAGGUGGUCAUCCGAACCUAGAAGCCGGACAUCUUGGAACUAUAACUUGACGUCAUAUGAGGCUAAGCGUUUGUUGAAUCUCGUCGAAGAACCAGGGCUUGAACAUGCGACGACCAUGUCAGAGAAUCGGAUGACGGUUGUCACCGAGACCACGUGGAAGAGCUCCAAUCCGACGAACCCUCCGAGCACCUCGGUCACCCGUGCCAACUCGGAAGUCUCGCUCUAUAUGCCUGUUCGACGAAGAUCCAUCAUCCAAACGCCAGGCGUCGCUACCCGAGCAAAUUCGAUGCGCAGCGUUCCCGGACAACCGAGAUUCAAUCCACGAUAUAGUCACCCUCCUACCCCAAGUUUGUCCAGGCAACCGUCUUUCGACUCGUACCGAGAUGGAAUCGUUUCUAUGCCGCCUCGGAUUGAUGAUAUCGAGUCGAUUCCCAGAGCGGUAACGCCGCGCGAGGAAGAUUAUCAGUCAAUUGGUGGUUAUAAGUUGGGUUCUUUGCGUAUCACGAACGGGCCCGCCAGCCCUUCGAGUCCGGAGGUGGAGAGAAAAGGUGGAAGUCGGUUCAAGUUGGGGGGAGAUGAUGACUACUUUGCCAACACGGCAGCUUCGGACCAGAGCAGCACGACAAACCCGACUACCGCUGCACUACCACCUACACAACAGCCAGAUGCUGCGGGGCUCAGUCACACCACCACCACCACCACCACCGUUGUAAGCCAGCAGACAAGCGUUGUCUCUGACGGCGUCUCUGUCACGAGCACUCGACAAUACUUGAAGGAGGUCAACAUCAGCCCGCUCUCUAUCCGUUUAUCUCCUCCGACAAGCCCGCGACUGCAGACCACAUCCAAGCAUACCGCCCAGGAGGAUUCAUUGUUCGAGGAUGAUGUUCUGUCGGAGAUUGCAGCUGCCGAAAUUCUGGAUGUUCGUCUGGAUCCCAGUGCAAAGCCAUCUCAAGUCACUCCGACCAAGGCUCUGUCCAGAAGCGACAGCGGAUUCAUCUCGACGACGAGCCCCUCCCCCGAAUCCCCGCACAAGCCAUUGACAAAAGCCGAUUCCGGCUAUAGCUCAAAUGUUUCUCUCCGCUCCUUCAAGGCGAAGGAUCAACCUUCUAAGAAGGAGAGCAUGCGCUCGCUUGAGGGCCGGUCGGAAGCAAACCGCCGGAGCAGCUCAGUCAGAUCCAAUGAGCGGGAGCAGAUUGUGCCGGCCUAUGUCAUAGCACCACCGAGAGAAGCACCGCCUCCUCCAGUACCUCCGAAAGAUGCUCGCCGCGAGAGCCCGGGUCCGUCGCCCAACCCAAGGUCUGCCAGACAAUCGAGCCGCUCCACCAGCAACCUAGCUCCGGAGAGUAGCCUCAACAGAGCGGGAAACUCUAGGGCGCCGCUUUCUCUGACUCCAAUCAAGAACCUCCGAUCUCGUGAUCGCGGACCAGCGUCUCCCGAAUCUGUCCCCACUCCUGUCAGUGCCAAAUCGUCAAAGUCUGACAAAUCUACCUUGAGCAUUGGGACCAAGCCUCAGAAACCCAACAGACUCCAGAGACUCCUAAGCAGUGCUCGCCGCUCUGCAGCUGGCCCACUGGAAGCCCAUGCGACACAUGCUGUUGAGCAGAACGCCAUUCCGUCGAUACCGAGAGAGGUGGAAAGCAAGCUUCAGGAGCACAAUGGCAGGUUUCCCAUAACGACCAAGAGGCUGGCACUGAGGCCUCGAGCCAGUUUGGAUACUCUGAAGACCAUUUUCAGUGUUGGAAGCAUGGAGGCUAGUCUCGAUGCCCUUCACACGGCUCAGAAGCCUCCUGCUACUGCUGAAUCAGGAGCAGAGCACAGCGCAAAGGAGAGUUCGUGGAGGCAAACCAUGCACUCUGUGCCCACGCACAUUGCGCACGUCGCCUCGCAAGUUAUGCCGAAGAAGCCCAUCGUGCGGAAGCCUGUAGCAGCUCGGCAGAGUUUGGAGAACCGAAGGAGCGUGGAUGGCAGGCCACGGCUUGUUUCUGAAUUUGCCAACAGCUCGCCUAGGCACUCUCACGAAGCGACACUUGAUGCUCUGGUGGGUGGUCGUGCAGUCAUCUACUCGCCCCCAGACGAGGACCAGGAGGAUACGAGGUAUGCCAUCGCGCACACCGAACUGCUUGCUUCGCUUCCAUCACCCUUGCUUCCUAGCCCACUCGCCAAGGCGAUGUCCAUGAGCAGCAAGACCAACACACCACCUCCGGUUAGUAUGGCGACGAGGCGCCAGAUGUCCCUUCGCGUGCCACCGCCCUUACGAUCACAGUCAUCCAACUCGAGUCUUCACCGCACGGCCAGCCGCGAGAGCAUUCAGAGCUAUCCUGCUGCUCAAUCCCUCUCGAGGAAGCCCAGCAGGGAGAGUAUUCGCAGCUACCCAUCAUACCAGCAAGGAAUGAUUCCGGACGCGGCUCUGCCCUCUGCUGCACCCACAAUGGAUCCCCGCCGCCUUUCAGCAUUCCGUCAGUCGAGCAACAGGCCCUCCGCCUGGGAAGUUCAGUCUGAGUACGGCGGACUUUCCCGCCAGCCUUCAUACACAUCGAUGAAUGGUGGCAGCAGGCGGGGCUCACUCAGCUCAGUCCAGGAGCACGAAGAGGAUGUCAUCAAGCGCCCUAGCAGUGCUCAGCCAUGGCAGAUGCGGUCAAGUCAGCAGCAGCAGCCCUUGAGGCACCGGGCCAGUCACGAUGAGUGGAACCAGUUCGCAAGACGGCCACAAGCUGGACAUCCUCCCUCCAUGUCCAAUGGCUACACAGCAACCUCCAAGCCAGUGUAUGAACCGCGCUAUGCGCAACAGCAACACACCCCGGCCAGCACCUGGAGCCGGAGUCAGCUUGAUGCCUCGGCUGGGCAGUGGUACCAGGAUGCAUCUUACCCCCAGGUGCCACGAGGACAUUAUCGCAAGCGCAGCAUGAGCUUGCAAAACUCGUAUGGACCAAAACCCCCCUACCGAGUGUUGCAUAGCUACAACUCGCCCGCCUAUCGCAACGCCCCUAUUUGGGGAUGA